AUGAGUGGUGAAUUAAGCUUUCCUCUUUCGGAUCUGUAUUCCUUGUCGGUUUACGAUUUGGAAGACGACAACCCACUCUUUCAAAAAAUUGGUGACUCGUUUUUUUACCUAAAGGAGCUGCUGGGUUUCGAUUGCGUGGAUGAUUUACGGACAUUUUUUCAAGCAGACGAUUUUGAAACUAUUGAAGAUGUUUACACCUUCUACGGUCACAUCAAAUGCUGCCCGGUUUCCCAUAGACUUUUUAAACGUUUUACGGCACGCGGUCCCUCACUUCAGUCCCUCAGUGCGUUUUAUUUGUCACUGAACAGAGCGUUACCUGGUGGUCUGGAAAGCGUGUUAAAACUGCCUGAUAAUUUAGCCCUUGUGAUCCUUUCUCUACAUUUAGAGAUGAGCAGCUUUUCAUCUACUCCUGGAUGCAACACACAUGGAUCUGUGAGUAAUUGUGAAACAUUGCUCAUCACCAACUUUGAGUCUGUCAGAAAAUAUUUGGUUGAAUUGUAUUCACAUGUGAUUUCAGCUGAUAGCGAUGCUGAUCCGCCUUGGCAACAGCAUCCGAUUUCCGACCGGCUGGUUGAAAAUGUUCAAGAGGCUUUGAGAACCUGCUCCAAGGAGUUUUCCUCCUUUCUCUCUACUGUCAAACUCUGCGUGAAAGUUAGCAAGUUUUUUUAUGAUGCCUCCGAAUUCGUCCACGCGUUUCGCGCUUCUUACGCCAUCUUCAAGUCGGUUCAUGCCUUCUCCAUCGCCAGUCCUGAUCUCGAAACUACUACUAUUCGUUGGGAGUAUGAGGCUCUUUGUGUUAUGCUUCAGUCAAUGAACGCCUACGCCAUGUAUUUGGACCCAGAUCAUCGGGACAUCCUCUACAAGACGGCUCCUCAAGUCCUUCUGCGGAUAAAUCGAUUGGGAUUGAGUGCCACUUCAAACAGGUCCAGUGAGGAACAGUUGCUGGCUUCGUUACCACGGGGCGAUAAUAAUUCGGGCUUUCGGCGUGGCCUUUCGACGCUCUCAUUCUCACCAGGAACAAUGGCGAGGAUCAUCUACCAUGCACCUGAUCCCUCGGCUGGCGAUUCUCCUUCUUCAUCCUGUUCGGCACGGAGAACUCAGUCUGAGGUGUGUAGCAAGAAGUCCGAGACCAUAGACAGUGUUGAUGCCCUCUCUGUCGACGCUCUGAACCUGGAGCGCAGGAGGGAUGAGGAUUGUGGGCAGUAUUAUGUGUCUCCGGUGGAAGUACAAGCUGAGGAUGAAGACGAAGGCGAUGAUACUGAGCUGGUCCAUCUUUUGUCGGUACCACUCACUAUCACUUCUAGUGUUAGUGACUCUCUACCUCACCAACCCAUUUGCAUGGCAUUUGGACUCGCGGAACUGGGUACUUUCUACUAUGCACUCUGCAACUACCGCCUCGCCUUUCGUUUUGCUAUGUUGGCCCUCGAGCAGAUCAAGGUGGUGCCGUGCACCUCUCGUGUGGUGGUUCAGGUGUUACGGUUAGCCUGUCGUAUCUGCAUCAUUCAGAGGAAGUAUGCUCUCGGUGUGAGGAUUAUCAAGUGGCUGGCCAAGUUCACCAGAGAAAAGUUGGGUUCGCACAACCUUCUCUAUGCCAACAUUCUCCUCGACUAUGGCUGUCUCCUCCUUAAUACUGAUAACACCACAAAAGCUGCUGAACUCUAUCGAAUUGGGCUUUCAAUGGUGUCGGAUUGUCUGCCUGGAUUGAGCGUGUCGGCGUCACUGGCUUUGGAGGAUUUGGCUUAUGCCUACUACGUACUGGAGUACACCUCUGGCGAAUUUGAAUUUGCUUUGAGCUGCGUUGAUAAGGCUAUCGAUACGCUGAAGCUGCUCGGGCACCAGUCUUGCAUGCAGUCGGCCUCAGCUAACCGUGUUAAAGCUCUCAUCUUGGAGGAGAUUGCAAUUGACGAUGGAAAUCCAGAUGUAAUGCACACGAAACUCAUGGAUGCCAGAAACCUGCAUUUACUCUCACUGGAUUUAUGCGAAAGGACUUUCGGUGUGUGGAAUAUUCAGACGGCCAAACACUUUGGUAAUCUUGGCCGCCUUUUCCAAUCCUUGGAACACAACCAGACUGCGGAGGAAAUGCAUUUGAAAGCCAUUAUGAUCAAAGAGCGUCUUCUGGGUCCUAAUGAUUUCGAAGUAGGCCUCAGCAUCGGUCAUCUGGCUAGUCUUUACAACUACCACAUGAAUAUGUAUGAUAAAGCAGAAGAACUCUAUCUUCGCUCCAUUCAGAUCAGUUUGGAUCUUUUCGGCCCCGGUUACAGUGGUUUGGAGUAUGACUACCGGGGCUUACAGCGCGUCUACCGUAAGACAAACAAUGCGGAGAAGUUGGCGGAGUACAGUCGUUUGUUUGACGAGUGGAUGGAACACAGACUGGAACACCACAUGCCAGAAUUUAUGCAUUUCCUCGCCAGCAACGAGACGGAGCACUUUGAACCGAAUCCGCCGGAAGGCGCUUCUUUGGAACAGUUAGUGGAAGACUUCCGCAGUGAAUUCGACGCUAAACUGGGCAGCACAGCAGAGCAGAGUAGUACAGAGACGGUGGAAGUGGUUGGCAGAACUGUCACUCCGACAUUGGAGGGUGAGGCCAGUCGUUCCACGGGUUUGUAG